AUGGAUUUAUAUGCGCAACAAAAUGAGAAAUGGUCAAAGAAAAGAAAACUUACUUUUAUUGCAUUUUCAAUCCAAAUGGUUAUUAUUGGAAUUGAGUACACACUUACUCUUUCAACAUUAUGGCUGUACAUUAAACAAAUGAUCAACACAAAAUCGCCGAAGUUGCUGUAUAGUAUUGUUUCUGUUUCAUUUAUGCUAGCAUCUACUAUUGUGAUGCCAUUCGUAGGAAGAAAAGUUGAUAAAAAUCGAAGUGUAAAAAGAUGUUUUUUAAUAUGCAACUUUCUGAUGCUUACCGGAAAUGUACUUUACAGUAUUCAUUUUUCUCCAGUCUUAUUAGUUGGAGGAAGGAUUAUUGCUGGCUUUGGCGGUUCGUUGAGAUCUGUAAUACUUAGCGAAACAAUUCGGUGUUAUCCAGCAUCUAAAACAAGUUCAAAACUAUCAAUUUUGUCAGUUAUGCAAUACUUAGGAUUCAUGCUAGGUCCUGGAAUAAAUUUUUUUUUUAAAGACAUGAGCUUUUUUCUUGGACAUUGGCAUUUAACAGAUGUUAAUUUUCCUGGUGUUUUUAUGGGACUUAUAUGUUUUGCAAUGGAAAUUUUAACAUUAACAAUGGUGCACGAUGUAUCAAAAGAGUUUGAUUACAAAGCUUCAUUUGAAAAUAACAACAUUAAUGAGGAAAAUGUUUUUUUUGAUAAGAAUAUCGAUAAAAUACCGAUGAUACAAGAUAACGUUGAUUGUAACAACACAUGCGACAGAGAUGUACUUCAACCAUUAGUUUCAAAGGAACACACCAUUAUCAAAAUUUUAAAAGUAUUGUUUUUUCAUUUUGAUUCUGCGCUUAUUUUGUUUGCAAAUUUUAUCGUAGCCUUUUAUUUUAUUACGGCAGACCUAUGGUUGCCAUUGUUAGUUAUAGAGAAAAUGCAUUUAUCAGUGGUAGAAAUAAACAUUUGUUUUUUUGGAAUGAGCGGAAUAUGUGUUAUUCUGUUGCUGGUUUUUGUUUGGAGACCAGUGUCUGAUGAAAAUAUGAUUCUUUUACUGUUUAUCAGUUUGGGUGGUUUCUGUAUUGUAAGCGCAGGAUUUAUAAUUCUUUCAUAUUUUCCAUUUAACAAAGCGUUAAACAUUGUCUUAUGCAUAAUAUAUAUGAUUAGUUUUGGAGGGGCUCCUAUAACUACUGACGUUUUUUUUAUCAACACGUUAUCCAAAAUGGUUAAAUCACAGGUUUUAACAUUUGUUGACAGUAUUCGGUACUCAAUGUUCUCAGCAGGAGCCUUUUUAGGUUUUAUUUUUGCUCCAUUCAUGUUUGACUAUGUUAUAACAUUUGGAACGCUGUAUAUCGUUGUUAUGAUUAUUGUCGGGAUUAUGUUUUUUGUCAGAAAAAAAGGUUUUACCAAUCCAACGGUUUUAUUGUAA